CCCUCCCUCCUCCACGCUCCCCUCCCCCUCGGCCGCUCGCUGCUUCCCAGUCCCCGAGUCGCCGCUGCCGCCGCCGCCCGCACCCGCGGCAGGACCGGCCCGCGCGCUCCCCGGGGUGCGCCCACCUGGGUCCCGCGCCCUCCGGGCUCGCAGGGACACCCUCCUCCCAGCGCGUCGCGGCCCCGCCCGGCUCGGCCCCCGCCCCGCGCCCGAGAGCGCCGAGGAUGUGAGUCCUGCCCGCCUGCCGGAGCAGCAGCCACUCGCGCGCGGAGCCCGAGCGCAGCGCAGCUCAGCUGCGGGCGCUCGUUGGGUCGCUCGCGCGGGCUGCGCGCUCCUGCCACAAGCGGUGUCUCUCCCCGGCCACUCGCCGGCUCCAGCACCGCGGCAGCCCCGAGGGCCGUCCCCGGCCGGCCAUCCCCGGCCCCAGCGCCGCUGACCCUGUCCUCCGCGGGCGGGGACGCGGGCGGAGGAGGUGCCGCCUCGGAGCCCCCGGACGCGACCAUGUCGGAGGUGCUGCCCUACGGCGACGAGAAGCUGAGCCCCUACGGCGACGGCGGCGACGUGGGCCAGAUCUUCUCGUGCCGCCUGCAGGACACCAACAACUUCUUCGGCGCCGGGCAGAGCAAGCGGCCGCCCAAGCUGGGCCAGAUCGGCCGGAGCAAGCGCGUUGUUAUUGAAGAUGAUAGGAUCGAUGACGUGCUGAAAACCAUGACCGACAAGGCACCUCCUGGUGUCUAAACUGCCCCCAAAGACAAUGUGUUGAGGGAAGGAAUAAGAAGAGUGGCGGGCUGUGACAGUUACUGACAAAAAGCAUGAGGAGGAGAAAGCACUUUGGAAUUUAUUAUUAGCUUGCUACCUACGAUGAAAUCGACAACCUGUGUCUCAAGUCAGGCCGGGAGACAGAUGAGGUGGGAGGAGGAGGAGGAAGGAGAGGAGGAGGAGGAGGAGGCGGCAAAGGCUCUGGGCUCCUCUUUAAAAAAAAAAACAAAAGUUAAAAAAAACACACACAAAAAGUAAAAAAAAAAUAAAUAAAAAUAAAAAAUAAAAAUCACUAUAUACACACAUAUAAAAGAGAAAAGUGUCAGUUGCAGCUACUUGUCGAAAUUAAUACCUGUUUCUUUUUAUCUAUGGUAAAUAUCGUGCAAUUAUAGAUCUGGAUUUUGAACCACUUCCUGAAAGCAGCACCCGAGUACACGAAGGUGCUUGUGUUCUCUGCUGAUCUGGCUGUUUCCAAUGUUUACAUUAUUUAAUCUUGCAAAAAUGAUCCUGUGCACUUGGAUGUGACAUGCCGUCUAGUCCGGUUUCAUCUUUUUUUUUUUUUAAUGUUGUUUAUUCUUGGAUGUACAAAAGAAAAAUUGGGGGGAGGGGGUGAUCUCUGUAGAUACUCUUGUACUUUGAAGUUACCGGAAAUGGAACGGGUCUUAGAGCAGAAAGUAACUUUUCCAAGGAACAGAUGCUUGUGAAGGCCCCCUUCCUGGUCUUAUUCUCCAGAGACAACUGAAAUUUAGCUUCUUUGUUGCAGCAAAGCUCUUUGCCCAGGUGAACACUGACCACCGCGGGUUUUCUAUGUCAGAAAGAAGAAGAAAAACAAAAACAUGCUCGAGCUUUUUCUAACCUCCCCUUGGGGGUCUGUUGUGCGAACCCCUCUUUCUUCAAUAUCGUGUCACUUUAUUCUCUUUAAUGGACUGUAACAAACAACAACAACAACAAUGUAAUCACGAGAGUGCCAAAUAUCUUGAAACGCCAAAAGGCAUUUUGGUUUCCUUUUCUCCCCUGUGCUCUGAGUCUUCGUACUGGAACGCUUGGAGUGUCUUUUCUGUUAUUUAUAGGGGUUCUCUUAAGGCUCUCGCCAGCUGCCUGUUUUGCAUGGUAUUUGCAAAAAAAAAAAAUGCCUCUUGCGUGAGGAAUCUUUUACUUUUUUUUUUUUUUUUUUUAUUUGUUUGCAACUUUGGUCCUCUAGCGGUCCCCACCCCAGCCCCAGUUCCUUCUUUUCUUAAUUCUUUAUUCUGUAUGCUGCACCUUGAACCAGCACACAGGGCUAUUUCUCCAAUGUACAAUAAAGAACUCUUCCUGUGUCUCCUUUC